AUGUCGUUCCGCGGGCUGGCUGCAGCGACCGUCGCGACCCUGGCUGCGGUGUCUGCCGUGCACCUUGGCUCCACCACCUUCGCCGUCGGCCAGGGCUGCAGGCAGCAGGCCGGCGCUGCCCGGGCGGGGCCUGCCGUCGUGCGGCCUGGCUUGCUCGAGGGCUCGGCUGCGCAGCCCGCCACCCCCCUCCAGGGCUCCCUCGGCACCAACGGCCUCCUCGGCUUCGGCGUUGCCUUCGGCGUUGCGUUCGCGGCGAUGACCAGGUCCGUGACCCGCGUCUCCCGCCGCGCAGAGGGCAAGGAGAUCGAGGUUGCGGAGAAGGGCGGGGCGAUCACCGGGCCCGCAUACCUGGAGGGGAUCCCGCGCUCCCUCGUCGACAAGCCCACGCUGGAUAGGAUCCUGGCGGUCACGCCGGUGGAGGAGUGGGACGACCCCUCGGAGGAGAGCCCGCUCUACGUCAUCAAGCUGCUCUCGGAGACCUACGGGCCUGGCAAGGCCACCAAGAUGAGGUUCUCCGACUUCGCCUACAUCAAGAACCAGUGCCUCCCCGCCGACGCCGGAGAGGUCGAGGACCCUUUCGUCACCGAGGAGGACUUCCAGCUGAUGAUGUCUGGUAAGCUUCCGCUGCAGAUCCCGGGCCCGGCGGGCUGGUGGGACGCCGGCUUCACGAUCAACUUCCAGGGCCCAGAGCGCUUCUCCGGCGACCAAAUCCAGACCGCCGUCCGGGACAGCGCCUUCAGCCAGCAGUUCCUGGACAACCUGGCCUUCUACCGCCAGGGCCUGAAGCCAUGGCAGCGCGGGCUGGAGAUCGGCAUGGCCCACGGCUACUUCAUCAUCGGCCCCUUCGUGUCCCUCGGCCCGCUGCGCAACACGCCGGAGGCCGCCACGGUCGGCAUGCUCUCCGGCAUCGCCGUCAUCAUCAUCGCGAGCUGCGGUGGCCUGCUUCUCGGGACCACCCUCAAGCCAACCCUCUUCGACAAGCCCGGCGACAAGCCCGCGGCGGGCUUCCAGGAGAUGAUGAUCUGGCACAUCCUCGGCGGCACCGGCGGGGCCGCCUUCGCCCACAUCCUGCUCACGCUCUUCGCGCUCUGA